UCCUAUCUCGCGCACCUGGAAAGACUUGACACUGCCCGCAGAAAAAAGGAAAGACUUAGACACUCGCUCGCAAAUCAGCCCCCGGAUCAGGGAGUCAGACGCCAAAGAUAAAGAGCGAGGAGGGAAAGGAAGGAAGGAAAGAAACAAGGAAGCAAAUACGUGCGCCACUUGACUAACCAAGGGGCCUGCCGCCCCUGAUCGCGGGCGUCGGUAAGCGGCAAGCGCGAGGCCGAACGCCGCCGGCGCGCGCCAUGAGGAGCGCCGCUGUCGCGCUGGUGGCCGUGUUGGUAGUGUCGUCCCUCGGCGGCAGCGAUGCCGAUGCGGCUGCGCCGGACUACGGGGAGGCGCUGUCGAAGAGCCUGCUCUACUUCGAGGCGCAGCGGUCGGGGCGGCUGCCGUACGGGCAGCGGGUGCGGUGGCGCGGGCACUCGGGGAUCACCGACGGGCUGCAGCAAGGCGUGGACCUCGUGGGCGGCUACUACGACGCCGGCGACCACGUCAAGUUCGGCCUGCCCAUGGCCUUCACCGUCACCAUGCUCGCCUGGGGCGCAGCCGAGUUCGGCGCCGACAUCGCCGCCGCCGGCGAGUGGGGGCACGCGCUCGAGGCCAUCAAGUGGGGCACCGACUACUUCGUCAAGGCGCACACCGAGCCUUUCGUCUACUGGGCCGAGGUGGGGGACGGCGAUACGGACCACUACUGCUGGCAGCGGCCGGAGGACAUGACGACGUCGCGCCAGGCCUACCGCGUGGACAAGGACAACCCCGGCUCAGACCUCGUCGGCGAGACGGCCGCCGCCCUCGCCGCCGCCUCCAUCGUCUUCCGCAGCUCCAACCCGCAUUACUCCCACCUCCUCCUCCACCACGCGCAGCAGCUGUUCGAGUUCGGGGACAAGUACAGGGGCAGCUACGACAGCAGCAUCGAGGAGGUGCGGAGCUACUACGCGUCGGUCAGCGGCUACCGGGACGAGCUGCUGUGGGCGGCAUUCUGGCUGCACCGGGCCACGGGGAAGGAGGAGUACCUGCGCUACGCCGUCGACAAGGCCGAAUCCUUCGGCGGCGUCGGAUGGGCCAUGACCGAGUUCAGCUGGGACGUCAAGUACGCCGGCCUCCAGGUCCUCGCGGCCAAGUUGCUGCUGGACGGCGAUCCGCAGGGCGAGCAGCACCGGGUGGUGCUGGAGCAGUACAAGGCGAAGGCGGAGCACUACCUGUGCGCGUGCCUGGGCCGUAACAACGGGAGCAACGUGGACCGCAGCCCGGGCGGGAUGCUCUACGUCCGCCAGUGGAACAACCUCCAGUACGCCUCCAGCGCCGCUUUCCUCCUCACGGUCUACUCCCACUACCUCGCCGGCGCUGGCGAGCGUCUCCCCUGCCCCGACGACGACGGCGACUCGCCGGGGGCGGCGCCGUCCGAGCUGGUGGCGCUGGCGCGGUCGCAGGCCGACUACAUCCUGGGCCGGAACCCGCUUGGGCUGAGCUACAUGGUGGGCUACGGCCCGCGGUUCCCGGUCCGCGUGCACCACAGGGGGGCCUCCAUCGUGUCCCACAAGGAGAACAACCGCUUCAUCGGCUGCAUGCAGGGGUUCGACGACUGGUUCGGCCGGGGCCGGCCCAACCCCAACGUGCUCGCUGGAGCCAUCGUCGGGGGGCCCAAUAGCCGGGACGAGUUCAGGGACGACCGGGGAAACUACAUGCAGACCGAGGCUUGCACGUACAACACAGCGCCCAUGGUCGCCGUCUUCGCCAGGCUGCAUCGCCUCUCGUCGACAGAGAGCGAUCUCGCCGUCGUCGGUGGAGGGGUGCCGCUCUGGGACGGCACUGCGGGGGAUAUCAGCCAAGUGUAGAUAGAUGCGGUGAUAUGAUGGAGUUGGCUUGCGGGCGCAGGGAAUUCUUUUUUCUUUCUCGUAUAUACUUAAGGAUUUUUUUUAAGUGUUGAUAUGAGAGAUCAAAGAAAUUAAAGAACAAAGGAUAGUGAAUGGACAAUAAGAGGAGAUCAUGAGGUGGAAGAUUAGUUUGUUAGUCAGUUUUAUUCUCAGGUUAAUUAGGUGGCCUCAGAAAGUAAAUUUGGAAGGGAUUUACUGGAGCAAUAGUUAAUAUAGACCGCUGCAUGCAUUAAAUUUGUGAAGAUUA